GAUAGCGACAGCCUGUGGAAUGUCCUGUUUUUCUCCUUAUUAAAAACCAAGUGGUGGGGUCGCAGGUGCAUCUGCUUCUGCAGGUCUCUCCGAAGGCACGAUGGAGGCGGAAGAGGAGCUGUUCCAGAUGCAGCUGAUUCGAGAGGAAAACCCGAGUUUGUACAAGGUGCUCCUGGAAAACCUGCGAGCAAGGCGAUUCGCGGUUUUCAAAAGCCUGGCCACCCGGGCUUUGAACAAAUACCCGCCGAGUAUCGACAUCAACUACGUGUUCCCCGGGUUCGAGGGGAAAACCUUCCUCGACAUCGCUUGUUGCGAGGGCUACGAGGAGUUCGUCAGACUUCUGUUGGAACUGGGAGCAGAUCCGAACCGGGUGAACAAGGCGCACAAUCGAGCACCUUUGCACUUCGCCACCGAAGCAGGAUUCCCUGAAGUGGUGGGGGUUCUCCUGAAGGACCCGGGGAUCAACCCAAACCUGGAGGUAGCUCGCAGGACGCCCCUUCACAUAGCGGUAAGGAGGAACGACCUGAGAUGCGCCGAGCUGCUGCUGGACCGCAACGCCAGCCCCAACAUCCCCAACAGCAAAGGAGCCUCCGCCCUGCACCUUGCGGCGACCAGCGGCCACGAGGAAAUGGUCCGACUAAUUCUUUGCAAAUCCAGGCUAGCCCCAGACCUGGACAGCUUCAAGGAUGCGCGAAAGCAGACCACCAGGCACGUCCUGGAGAGACAGUUCCCUGACCUCGUGCUGCCUCCUCGACUCCAAGGCAAGGUCGAUUCGAACCUCCUGCGGUACUUCCUCGACGCAAACGACCAGGCCAACUUUACGGAAAGCCUGGCAAAACUGGAGGAGGACGUAGCCAUUGACACCGACGAAUUGCUCAAGAUCGCCGCCGAGCACGAUCUCUGCGACGCCGUCCGGGAGUUGCUGAAGAGGGAAGACUCCUCCUCGAACCGCAUCGACGCUGCCGUCUGCGCCGUCAAAAAGGGCCAUUAUAAAGUCCUGAAGGAGCUGCUGGACUUCGGAGUCGACCUCUCCAGCGGCAGGUUGGUCAUCCUCGCAUGCCAGGAACUCGCCAUGCCCUGCAGGAGUGGUCCUGACCACAACUUCGACCGGAUAAACUGCCUGAAGCUCAUCCUCGCGCAGCCCGAUGUCAGCGUCAGGUGCGAGGACGAUAAGGGAAACAGUCCCCUUCACUACGCAGCAAGAGCGGAAUCGAGCGAAGCAGUACGUCUCCUCUUAAAGGCUGGAAGCUACAUCGGUCACGGGAACAUCCUGGGAAUUCCCCCACUGGCGCACCUGUCUCCAGAGAUUUUAUCCGAAUACCUGGACGAGUGUCUUCAGGCUAGCAAAGAGCGGACCGACGACUACGAGGUGGGGUUCAAUUACCAAUGCUUGAUGCCGCACACGGUUUCCUUAGAGGGCGAGAAGGACCUCCUCUUGACCCGGGAACCCGAAGUGACGGUGCCACGCACGACGGAGAUGGACCCUCUGCGUUACAUAGCCACCCACGGUGCCCUGAAACACCUGUUGAAGCACCCAUUGCUCUCAUCCUUCCUCUACCUGAAGUGGCACAGGAUCCGCCACGCCUUGUACGCGAAUUUCGUGAUAUACGUGAUAUUUUACCUCCUACUGAAUACUUACAUUCUUUGCUCCGCGUGCAGUGUAUCAGAGUUUAACGCAACUCGAACAAACGACACGGUUCUCGUCGACGUCCGCCCGGGUGGCGGACUCUGGAGUCUGACGCUAUCGGCGUUGAUCAUCCUAUCGAUCCGGGAAAUUGUCCAAGUAAUCUCUUCCCCGUGCCACUACGUCUACAGCCUAGAAAACUGGCUCGAGGUGACGCUCCUGGGUAUCGGAUUCGUGCUUCUGCGCAUCUCCAGCGCACAGCUGGCAGCGGUCGCGAUUUUGCUCUCCGCCUGGGAGCUGGUGAUCCUGAUGGGUCAGCACCCACGGAUGUCCACCGGCAUCGAGAUGUUCAAGACGGUCUCGCUGAACUUUGCUCGUUUCCUCCUGCCCUACGCCUUUCUGAUCCUGGCCUUUGCCCUGGCCUUCUUCACGCUCUUCAAGGACGCCGACGACCCCAACUUCCCCAAUCUCGGGCGCUCGCUCUUCAAGACCGUCAUCAUGCUCACCGGCGAGUUCGAAGCCGGGGAAAUCCCCUUCCCGGCGCACCCUGUACUCAGCCACCUCGUCUUCGUGCUCUUCGUCUUCCUCAUUGCCAUCGUCCUGUUUAACUUGCUGAACGGUCUGGCCGUCAGCGACACAGCUGAGAUCCUGGGGAAGGCGGAGUUGGUCGGCCUCAUCUGCAGGGCCAAGCUCAUCGGCUACGCCGAGAGCGUUGCCGUAGGUUCCCCAUUCUUUGGGGAACCUAAGUGUUGCUGCGCCUUCGUCAACGCCACCAGGUCCUUCAGGAUGAACCCCUUGAUCUUCCUCGCCAAGAGGAUGCUCUUCUUCCCGAAGUACAUACCCCUGGGAAAAAUCACCGUCCUACCGUACCGAGGGAACGAGAUCCGCAUCCAGGGGAGGACCUUGAAGAGCCGCAAGUGCAACGUUCUCAGGAUGGACCGCGACAUCGUGACUCGUGCCAGAGAGGUCCUGGCUCGCAGGGGCCGCGUCUCCGAGAACGACAAGAUCCUGGCUGAGCUGGACCUGGUGAAGGGGAGACUGGACAAGCUGGAGUCUCUCCUGGAGAGCAUCAAGGCUGCCCUGGAUAAUAACAACGUCGGCAAUAAGGAACAGGGCUGAGUCGCCUUGAAGAUGCCUCUUGUGUUCAAACUUUCGCCUGCCUGGUCGCGGGUGCUCGACUUUUGCAUCGCUUCAACCUCUUCGUGUCUCUCCGCAAUAUUGAGAAAUAAUGGAAAUCCAGUCGGGAGACUCGGAUAUGGAGGUAUUCGCUCUUGUGUGCUCGUUGUGUUGACAGUUGGCGUAAAGAAACUCGGUUGCGACCAAGCGACUGUGUCUGUAUUUGCUGUGGAACGCAGCCGAGUUUCCCGCUCACCUGAGCGUGUCUCUUGAGACUUUCUGCUCGAGUAUUACGAAUUCUUGCGUUAUCUCUUGCUAGCUCAAACUGUUAUCCGAUUCUGUAAAAUGGUUUCUGUAAACGUUGUGCUGGGAUUAUUGGAAAAUUCUGAUCGACUUGCGCCUCCUCCAUGUAACGUGCAAUCCACCUGACACUGUGGAUACAAAAGCACGUGUUAAAAGUCUAUCUGAAAGUAUUAUAUACAGCCUGGAACAAUUAUAUUUAUAUACCUGUAAUGUCAUUUAUGACGUCUGUGACAUGGUUCCUUGUCAAGCCUGUCCAUUGACUCAAAAUGUCAACGUAAGCAAUACUACACGACCGAUGUUCGUAUCUGCCAUUUUAUCGAAGAUUACCCUGUUAACAUAUAAAGAUAUAUUUCUUACAGUAAUUACGAUUAUUCUCUAAGGUUUAACUUAGAAACGCACAUGACUGCCAAACGAAUCGCAAGUAAAAUUUCUAAAUCAUUGCCUUACCCGUACCUUGACAUUUCUAAUGACUGUAAAAGUAUUCAUCGAUUUGUUUUUUAUACUUAUACGCUAGAUCCAAGCUUUGGACGUUUUUUUUUUACAAACCAAUGUCGUUUAAGUAUUUAUAUAACAAUUAAUUUAGUCGUUUGUACAUCGAGUAACAGGGAGUCGUCACCUCCGGAGGUGGUGCAUUGCUGUUGUAUUUUUAAUUAAUAAUUACAAUUAUUAUGUUGUUGAUGAAAGAGCUACAUCGUUACUCUCCAAGCAGUAGUUAGAAUACCUAUGGGUGGUUUGUAAAGUCUGUAUAUGCGUCGAACGAAUUUAUUACUGUUUAAUCGAGUUACUUCCCUAUUCCAUUGUU